AUCAACCAAACACCAGCAUUCGCAUGUUGACAUGAAACUCACUGUUUACACAUACUCGUACAUGCAAAAGGCAUCUUCGACUACGUGCCUGCCAUAUGGGAGAUAGCGGUAGCGAAAGGCCCGCAAUAACAAGAGCUGCUCCCUGCCGCGCGAUAUCCAAGUCCAGAUGCCUCGGAGCUGCUUGGGGGGCCGUUGACGGACUUUGCGUUCGAAAGCUUGUGUGGAUUGCUUCACAAUGAUCCCGCCAGCCGUGGCCCGCCUCUCCAGGGUAUGGUUUCCGAGCGGCGGUAUCGCUGUAUCCGGCGUCGAAGAUGGCCACGCGAAGCUGAUCCGUGCGGGCUUCCUACGCCCAUCGCAUGCUGGCAUGUUUCACAUGCUGCCCUUGGGUCGGCGAGUUCAGGACAAGAUCGAACGGCUUGUCGCGGGCCACAUGGAAGAAUCGUUGGCUGCGUCGAGAGUCUCGUUGUCCUCCAUCUCUGCCGAGGCUCUGUGGGAAAAAAGUGGCCGCCUCCAGAAUGUCGCCUCCGAGCUAUUCAGGUUCUCUGAUCGCAGGGACGUGCCCUACUUGCUUUCACCCACGCACGAGGAGGAAAUCACAGCACUCGUGGCCCGGACGGUCAAGUCGUACAAGGAACUUCCUCUCCGCCUGUACCAGAUCACGCGCAAGUAUCGGGACGAGUUCCGCCCACGGCACGGACUCCUCCGCGGACGAGAGUUUACCAUGAAGGACUUGUACACCUUUGACAGCAGCGUCGAGUCGGCCCUGGAAACAUACGAAAAAGUGCGUGCUGUCUACACCAGAAUCUUUUCCGACAUCAAGUUGCCCGUCCUGUCGGCCAAGGCCAGCUCCGGCGAUAUGGGAGGCGACCUGAGUCACGAGUAUCACCUGCCGACGCCGCUCGGCGAGGAUCGGGUCGUCAGCUGUGACAGCUGUGACUACGUGGUCAAUGAGGACAUUGCCCACCCGGGCGCGCCUCAAGAUGUUCCUGAGGGCGCAUCCUUCCAGGUCUGGCGAGGCAUCACCAAGGACCGGACGAAGUUGGUCAAUGUGGUGUAUCCCCGGUGGAUAAAACCGCUGGGUGGCGGAGAGUUGCGCGAGUACACGGACCAGGACAUCAACUUGUCUGCCGUGAAAUCUGCCGUUCCGGACCUGGACGCCGGGGUAGAAGAUCCUCUUCCCUUCUGGUCGGCCGCCACGGCUCCCGGGACAGGGACGGCAACCGAGCUGGUCAAUGUCGUGGACAGCCGCCUCUGGCCGUCCCUGGGUGGUGGCUCAGAGGCCGUUGCACUGGGUGCCUCGGGCUGGCCAGCAACUCUGAGUCCGCCAGCAGUGCCGUUGUCCGUUUCCUCUCGCCACACAACCGGCUGCGACCGUCAACCGCUCAACCUCUUGCGAAUCCGCACCGGUGACAAAUGUCCCCAAUGCUCAUCGGGUACCUUGAAGGUGGAGAAGGCCAUGGAGCUUGGUCACACGUUCUUCCUCGGGACGAGAUACUCGGCGCUGCUCGGAGCUGUGGCCUCUGUACCUCCAGCUCGGCAACCGUCCCCAAUGCAGAUGGGAUGUUACGGGAUCGGUAUCUCCCGCCUCAUCGGUGCGGUCGCCGAGCAUCUGGCCGAUGAUACGGGCUUGAACUGGCCCGUAACUAUAGCGCCGUACUCAUGUGUCGUCAUUGCCGGAAAGGACGCCGAGGAUUGCGAAGCUAUGCAAGUGUGUAACCUCAUCAACGAUGUUUCUUCCAGCAAUGCGUUUUUCGAUGUUGCACUCGACGACCGGCCAAGACCGUUGCCUUGGAAGAUGACAGAUGCCGAUCUCAUUGGCUUUCCAGUUAUUAUCUUGCUUGGCAGAGAGUGGCGCUCCUCUAGGCGAGUCGAAGUACAGUGCCGCAGGGUAGCACUGAAGCAACUGGUGGAGGUGGCAGAGUUGCCAAGUAUGUUGACGCAGUUAUUCAAGUCGCUAUAGCGUGCUAGGAAAUACAAUGAUCACUGUAGUAUAUAAUGAAAGUUAGGCACUUAUUAGACUAGCUAGACAGGCUUGCUAAUGGACAUUGAGACUAAGUUUUUUAUUCUUUCAUUAUAUUGAUUUCUAGGGCUUAGAUUCUUUUAGAGAGCUUAGCAAAUAGAGCUACAUAUGCACUAGCA